GCUGGAGGAAGCGGCCGCGGAGGUGCAGCAGCUGACAGAGGACGAAGCAGCACUCCGCCUGGAUGUGGAGAAGCUCGGUCGCGCUGCCGAGGAGGCUCGGAAGGAGAGGAUGGACUCCAAGACGAGAAAUUCCGCGAGCAUAAAGGAGGCGGAAGAAUCCCAGGAGGCUCUUGAGAAAGCCUUGGUGAUGCUGCGGGAGGUCUAUGGAAAGGCUCCGGCAUCCUUGUUGCAAGUGGAUCAGACUUCGUCU